GCUACAUCAAUCUGCUCGGUGUCUUAUUGGCGACCCCGCUGCUUUCCCAGCAUUACUAGUUGUGCGCGGCGAAUUCAUCGACGUGCUUGGCUAUCUACUAGCCUCCCUGCGGCAUUGCGUGGCGCCAUUUUAGAGGCGGGAGCUGUGGAAGGAGGUGCCUGCAGAGCGCGGAUAAGAUGGCUGUCGUCUGUUCUGUGGAUUCACACUUGUUGCCUUUACUGGAAACGUUAGAAGACGCCGCUAUCUCUCAUACUGAACAGACCGAUGCAUACCUUUCUAUUGCUAACCGACUGAGUGGAGAGGAAGGAAAGGAUUUCGGUGUACUGGUUGGAGGCCAAUUUUCACGACUUUGUAAAGCUUUUAAGGCACACAUCUCUAACCAGAACUCUGAUCUGAGCAAUGCAGCACUGCAGGCAUUGGGAUUUUGUCUAUUUAACAAUAAAAUUGCAUCUGGUUUAUCAGCAUUGGAGACUGAAGAAUUACUUACAGCACUAAACCGUAUUGCUGUUACAGCAACAGAUAAAAAUACUUGCACACGAGCACUUUGGGUGAUUUCAAAACAGAAUUUUCCUUCUGAGGAAGUUGAAAAAUUGGUACCCUCAAUACUUUCUACAUUAGAAAGUGUUCUUAAUAAAGAUGUUCAGUCACUUGUCAUUGAAUAUGAAGCACUGAAUGUAGUCAUACGGCUAUUGGAGCAGGCACCUACACAGAUGACACAUGAAGCUGUCAGAUGGUCUAAGCUUAUUAUCCCAUUAGUUGUCCAUUCAGCACCAAAAGUUCGAUUAAGAGCUGCCACUUCUUUGGAAAUUGGAUUGCCUCUUUUGCUUCAGAAGCAACAAGAUGUGUCUGCCUUAACUGAACAACUGAUGACUUCUAAAAUUGUCGCUGAAUUGCAGAAACUGUUUUCAACUAAGAAUGAAACCUAUGUCUUAAAACUGUGGCCACUGUUUGUCAAGUUACUUGGAAAGACACUGCAUCGUAGUGGAAGCUUUAUCAACUCUUUACUGCAACUGGAAGAAUUGGGAUUUAGAAGUGGUUCUCCAGCAGUGAAGAAAAUCGCAUUCAUUGCAUGGAAGAGCCUUAUUGAUAAUUUUGCUUCAAAUCCAGAUAUUCUGUGCAGUACCAAAAGGCUAAAGUUGCUUAUGCAGCCUUUAAGUUCUAUCCAUGUCAGAACAGAGGCCCUUGCACUGACCAAGAUAGAAGUCUGGUGGUAUCUUCUGAUGAGGCUUGGCUCUCAGCUUUCUGCACAUUUUGAACAGGUUUGCUUACCUUUACUUCAGAGUGCUUUAAGUGUAGAAUCCUUUUCAACACCAGGUACUCCAUUACGAACAAAUAACCAAAGUAUGGCUGCAUCUACACCUUUGCAGAAAGGAUCUUUACCUUUUGGUAGUCCGACUACACCGAAAAUCAACUUGAAUUCUAGUCUUUUGACAUCUGUAUCUUUCCCUUCUCUUCACCUUCUUGGUAUUGAAAUGCUACUUCACUUUAUGUUGGGUCCAGAAGUUGUAAGCUUUGCAGCACAGCACAAGAUUGUGUUGAGUUUAGAACCUCUUCAGCAUCCAUUAGUGAGCAGUUCCUCGUUCUUCUGUAAACAUGCCGGUACUCUUUUGACUGCAGUACAAGAUGGUUUUAUCACUAUAGGAAAAGAUGCUUCUGAUGCUGUACUGAAUGCUGUAUGGAAGGAUAUGAUCGUUUUUACAAAAGCUGCCAUUGAUACAGGUAAUAAGAAAGAACGUCAGGGCUCGGAGGUACUGACACAUUUGUUGCAGGCUCUGAAGAAUAUAGUCACAUCUGAUGCACUUCAAGUAGAAAAGACAAUGAACCUUCUGGAGUACACCAUAAAGGGUCUCCCUCAAAAAGUACUUGGAUCUGCAGCAUAUCAGGUGGCAAAUAUGGAUCUUCUUAAUGGCACACCAGCGUUGUUUCUAAUUCAGCUUCAUUUCCAUACUGGGCUGUUAGAGAAAAGUGUAACGGGUGAAAGGUUUUUCACUAACUUUGAAACCCUAGUAAGCUAUGCUCUUACGGGACCAACAUCCCCUCUGGCAUUUAGCGAAUCUGUGCUUGGUGAGCUAAAUCAAAUUGCGCAAUUCAUUGAAAAUAAAGAGCGCCUUUGGAGAAUGUGGAGUGUUCUGAUUAAUCCAUUAACUGAAAGGAUUAACCAGACUAACGAAGUAAAUCAAGGUGAUGCUUUGGAACAUAACUUUAGAGCCAUGCACAGUGCAUUGAUGUUACCCAUAACUCAUAUCUUUCCUAUCCCAGCAUUUCCGCAGCCCACGAUGAAGACUUUGUUGCGCUCUUGGUCAGAACUGUACAAAGUUUUUGCUCGCUGUGCAGCUUUGGUUGCCACAGCAGAAGAGAAUGUAUGGUGUGAAGAGCUGUGUUCCAGAAUUUUGGUUGUAUUAGAAGAUCUCAGCUUGAAUUUAGUCAUGUUGGAAAGGAUUGUCCAAAUUGUUACCGUAAUUGUGGAAAACUUUAACUUCUCCCCGUACACCACAAAGUUUCAGCCAAAAACCAAGACACCACAUACACCAACUGACUGGGCCAAGAAGAAGAGGGAGCCUCUUGGAAACUUGAACUCAAUGCUGAAACUACUUGUGAAAUUAAUUGACUCUUUCCACGGUCUGGGAUUGGAAGAAUGCCAAUUAGAAGCAAACAGUGUCACUUUAAUUUCCACUGGUAGCUCCCUCAUUGGAGUUCUUUCAGCGUGUGUCAGCCAUGUAACAUUACCUUCAGUGAUCAGGACUGUUUUUACAAUGAUCACAAAACCACUUUCACUGCUCUUUAAAAAGACCCAGUCUGAAAGUAAUAAAGUCUAUAAUGGUCUCAACAACAAGCUGGAAAAGCUACUUGGAGAUGUUAUUGUCUGUCUUGGCUCUCGAUUCAAUGGACCCUAUGACAGUGACCUACUGGAAACCCUCUCACCGAUCUUGUGUUUGCUGUUUCUGCAUAAAAAUAAACAGACUCGAAACCAAGCAGCACAAUUUUGGAAUGGAUCCUUUGCUAAGGCAACAAUGCUGACCUAUCCAGAGGAGCUAAAGCCAGUAUUAAGCCAGGUGAAAUCAAAGACUCCACUCCUUUUACCAGGGUUUACAUUUUUAUCUGAAGACUUAAGUGGACCUCAUUCUGAAAAUAUGGACAACUCCCAGCUAGAAGCAAAGAUCAGUGGGAUUGAAGUCAGAUCCACUGGAAAACGUGACUCUUUACUAGUGCGCGUUGAACAAGCAAAGGAUAAAGGGACUCCACCGAGACCAACGCAAGCUAAAUUAAAAUUGGAUUUCUCUUCACCAAAACCUAAAGAGAAGCUGUUGGACGAAGAAAGAUCUGUUGACUUUGUUUUUAUUCCACCUGAAACAAAAGAGAGACUAUUAACUGAACACCAAAAAGAAGUCCUUCGAACAAAGAGGGUUGAUAUACCGACAAUGUACAACAAUCUAGAUGCAUCUCAGGAUACCACACUAUUUACCCAGUAUUCUCAGAGCCAAGACAAUUCAUUGGAAAUGCCCACACUUGCAGGACAAGAAGAAAAGGCAUCUGAAGCAAAGGAAAAUGUUCCUAAAGUUUUGCUGAAUGAAAAUGGUUUUUCAAAGGAAAUCAAGCCAGUGGCAAAAUGUGACCAUGACAUUUCGGAUGGCAAGAGAGCUCAGACAGAAAGUACAGAUGCUUCAGCAGUUGGUGAAACCAACACUGAAGUUCAAAACACAUCAAAUAUUAGCAACAGUUCUACCUCUUCAGACAUGGUGCAAGGUACACCACCCCCACCUGUUAGCAGAAGGCAAUCAUUCAUUACAUUAGAGAAGUUUGACAGUUCCAUGAGUAAUUCUUUCAGUCCUUUAUCAAACACACAAUUCCCAAAGGCAACUGAAGUUUUAGUUCCUGAUAGCCAAGAAGCUGUGAAAGUAGAAAAUUCACAGACCUCUAAAGAAAAGGAAAAUAUGGAAUUGGUGUCUUCUAAAACAGAGGUUUCAAAACCAGUCUCAAAAAGAGGUAGAAAGCCAAAGUCUUUACUUAUGCCAGAAAAUGCAGUGAAAACAGAGGAUGUAAAAGGUGACUCUUCCAGCGAGCCUCAGAAUAAUGUUGGUGAUCUUGAGCGACAUGAAAAUAAAGACUGGGUACCAGAUUCUCAGACUCAGGAAUUGGAGUCAGAAGUUGCAGAGACUGUCAAAGAAAGUAAGGAUAACGCUGAAUGUAAAGAAAACACUCCUCCAGAAACCAUUAAUCAUGCAAACAAUGACACUUCACAAAUUCAACAAGCAACCUCUAAUCAGAAAUCCUUGAGGCGAUCUUCCCGAAGGCAGUCAGAAAUAUUAGAUGGUGUAAAGAGUAUAGCUGACAAAGGGCAGAAACCGCAACGUGAAAAGGUAGUCAAAACACAAGAAAAAGAUGGCCUGGAUCAUGACAAAAAGAACCUUCCAGAAGCAGACCUUGAUAAAGUCAAGGCUACAGCUAUGAAACAGGAUGAAGAACAGGGCGAAAGCCAGGAGAUCACAAGAAGCAGAACAAGAUAUCAGACAAGACGUUCUUCACAAGGGCUUGUUCUUGCAAGUGAGAACUCUGAGUCUGACCAUUCGGAAACACGGGAAGAAAGUACAAAAAGAAAAAGAUCUUGGAGGAGUAAAACGAAGAGCAUUGAGAAGGAUGAUAAUGUAAAUACUCCAUCACCACUUUCGCAAGACAACGAGCCAACAGAAACUGUCCCUAAUGGAGAAAAUGAUCCUGAAAAACAAUCUCUUGAAGAAAAUAACCUAGAGAGUGGCUCAGAAAUGGAGUCAGAGGUUUAUCACUCUAAAACAAAAGAAAUUAGUAGCAAGACUUAUACUUUAAUUUCAGAUAGUACAGUGUCUGAGGCAAAUGUUGCCACAGAAACAAACAAAACUUAUGAUGUCACAAAAAGUUACAGCAGGCUCCAAAGUUUAUUGACCGAACCCACAGCUAGUGAUUUUUCCACAGCAGUUUCUGAGGUGUUCCAGCCAUCUGAAAGUAACCUGCAUGUAUCCGACUGCUUUCAUAAACGAACCAAAAGGGCAAGAAGGUCUAAGAGCUGUGACUGCUGUGGAAAAGCAUCAAACAAUAAGGAGUCAACCCAUACAGUAUUGAACUCUUCUGCAAAGGCAGAUCUCAAACCAAAGAAGGUCCAUUCAAGUCUUGUUGCUUCUGAGAUGUCUGACACCCCAUUUGAUGAAACUGUAUUUUUGGGACCAUGUGCUGUUAGCACACCAUUAGUUGAAACCAAAGACAAGUGUUUUUUCAAGCCAUCUGUUAGUGAAUUGAAAUCUGAUACAGAAUCUGAACAGGAAAAUACAGUGGUUCCCUUAAAUGAAGAAACUAAAAGUGAAGUAGAGGAAGUAACACAGAUUUUUGUUGAAACAAAAACUGUGGCAGCUCCAGAAGAGACCAUGGAAUCUGUGGAAAAGAAUGCUGAGCCUCAGGAAGACACCAUUAAGGCUACAAAAGAGAACACAGAAGCUCUUGAAGAGACCAUGGAAUCUGUGGAAGAGAAUGCUGAGCCUCGAGAAGACAGCAUUAAGGCUACAAAAGAGAACACAGAAGCUCUUGAAGAAACCAUGGAGUCUUUAGAAGAGACUAUCGAGACUCCGGUCAUUCAGGCUCCAGAAGAGCACAUUAAAGUGCUAGAAGAGCUUAUGGAGGCUCCAGGAAAAGAGGUAGCAGCUUUUGAAGAGACUAUGAGCAAUCCAGAACAGAAUUUAGAAGCUUCACAUGAGACCAUGGAGAUUCUAGAGAGAGGUUCUGCAGUACCUAAAGUUGCCCAGAGACUACCUGAUGAAAUUUCAGGACAAACUGUAGUUCAGGGUAAAGAUUCCGAUAUUCCGAAAAUAUGUGAUGAGGAUAAAGAAAAUUACAUUCCUCAGCUGGAUAACAAUUUUAUCAGAGUAUUAAAUGUCACCAAAGACAUGGAGACAAAAACUGCAACUGCUAGUGAAAACAUUGACCCUGAAAUGGGGGUGGCCAGUGCUGAAAAUAUAGCUGAAAACACUCUUAUUAAACCAGAAUCCAGUCACUGUUUAUCAGGUUUCAUAGACUGUAGCAGUAACCCAGCAGAACCCGAAAAAGAAACCAUAGAAGAUGUUUGUGUUGCUUCAGAAAAGCUUGCAACUCCUGAUGUACCUGAAAACGUGGCUAUGGAAGACAAAGUGACUGAAGGAAGGGCAGACACCGACUCUCCUCCAAAAAUGAAAGGAUUGGUCAAUUUCACCUUGGCUAAUGAUAGUCCAGGAGGAAAUUCUUGCUGGUCUCCUUCAGCAUCACCAUCAACUAGCAUAUUAAAGAAAGGUGUAAAGAGACAACAGGAAAAUGACUCUCCGUCACCUCUUAACAAGAUUCGCAGAGUUUCAUUUGCUAAUCCAAUAUAUCAAGAAGGACUGGCAGAUGACAUAGACCGAAAAAGCCCUGUUGUAAGGUGUAGCUCUUCAAAUUCCCCAUCCUCUCGAAGUCUGAAACUUCUAACAAGCAAUCAGCCUAAGCAUAACACAACUCCUACAAAAGGUUUUGUUUCUCCAAGCUCAAGAGUACUUGGAUUCAAAAGCUCAAAGAAAAAUUUGAUUUCAGAAAUGACCAAAGAGUCCAUGCCCUCUCCUAAAGAAAGCGUUUACCCUGCGCUUAUGAACUGCACAACCCCAGUUGAUGUCAUCCUUCCUCAGAUUACAUCUCUUGCAUGGGCCAGAGGGCUUGGGCAGCUCAUACGUGCAAAGAACAUAAAGACAAUUGGUGAUCUAAGCACGCUCACACCCCCAGAGAUCAAGACUCUGCCCAUCCGAUCUCCUAAAGUCUCUACGGUGAAAAAAGCUCUUAGAGUUUAUCAUGAGCAGCAGACCAAAGUCAAAGGGUUUGAUGAAUUUGCUGUUCUUGACGAGACUGAAAAACCUUUAAGUAUUCUUGAUGAAAAAAACACUUCCAUAGAAGAAGAGAAACUUGCAACAGACUUGGCUGAACUGCCUACUGGUGCUAUGGACGCUGCUCCUUCACCAGACCUGCAGUCCCAGAUCGCUGCACUUUCUCUCCAAUUCUCCUCUGAGGGCCUCUGUAAAUACUCGGCCAGCCAGCUCUUCGACAUGCAGGAGAAGCUUGGAAGCAUGUCCAACUGCAUCAUUCGACAUUUGCAGUCACGAUGGAGGUCUCCAUCUCAUGAAAACUCUAUAUAACAGACUUUCCUGAUUAAAGGACUCCUUUUAUUCCAGUUUCCUGAGAAGGUUCAUUUUACAAAAGCAUUUGGUGAUAGAUGUAGAUUUUACAAAGCAUCCUGUUGGUCAUAUGCUUGCAUUUCUUUUAGUUCCAUUGCUUCUAUAUGAUGCUUAUGGCUAGGAGUUUGAACAGAAGAUAACUUAAGAGGGAAAACUAUUUUCUUGCUGCUGUUUUUCUAAGCAUCUUACCUGAUGCAGAAGUGAAUUUCUCAGGUGUAGAGAUACUCCACAGCCUGCAGCCACACAUCAGUACCUGCGUUCACUUCACAUCGACUACUGCUGAUGCUUUUUGGUUGCUUGUGUUGUGAAAUAUGCAAUUGUGCACUGCACUUGUGCAAAUAUAUGCUUUUAUUUCAAGUUCCUACAUCAGGACUGCGUUACAUUUAAGGUAACUAAAUGUUCUACUGAUAAUGUUUCAGCUUAAUUAAAGCAUAUAUCUGCAACAGAGUAGUGUUCUAAAUGUGUGAUUCCAACUGAACCCAAGAUCCAAUGCUACAUACAUCAGUAACUACCACCUACUAAUGUAAAUGAACUAUGUGGUUUGUGUAUAAAAAGUUUGUAUUGCGAUUGCUAAUUUGAAAUUUUGGGAUGGCUACAGAAUAAUUUUUACAAGAUUUGCCAUAAAUAUGCUCUUACGAGCUUGAUGUACUGCAAUAUUCAUUUUGGAGCAAAUUUUCUAAGCAGCACUUCUGCCCAGACUAGUUUUAUAGACAUUCACUGUUGGCCUGCCAUUGUAGUUUUAUAAUAUUCUUGGGAAGUAGGCAUUCAGAUAUUGCAUAUUAUGUAUAUAUAAAGUGCACUGUAAGCAACUUAACUUUCCAGUUAGUAAUACACAUUGUAUAUAUAAAUUAAUGGUCACUUAUACACAAGCUUCUUAUUGUCAUUUUCUGAAAAUGUUUUAGAUUUGUAAAAUAAAAAGUAUUAAAGUGA